AUGCGCCUCGAUACCUCUCUAGCUUGUGUCCUGGCUGCAACUGGUAGUGUUGCCAAAAGCCUUCCAAACAGCCGCUGUGGUGUCUCUCCCCCAAAUUGGCAGCAGAUCCAGGCAUCCAAGGAGCUCGCUGCCCAAGAGGCAACUUCUGCCUCGAUUAUGGGCCUUGGUGACAGCUCCGUAGUGAACAUCAAUAUCUACAAUCACAUUAUUGCUUACAACGAGACUGCUUCUGUCGUCAACGAGCAGAUGCGUCUCCUCAAUGAAACCUACCCCAAGUAUGGUUUUGCCUUUACCGUUUUGAGCAACGACUGGGUUGUCAACGAAAGCUGGGCGGGUCUGGAAGAGUUUGAGACACUAAUGGACAUGAAGGGGGCGCUACGUAAGGGUACCUAUGCAGAUAUUAACCUCUAUUAUGUCCCCAUGGAGGGCGGAUUAUUGGGGAUAGCUGCCCCUCCAAUGGAUAACAUCACAGUGGGCUCUGCAGAGUUCAUCUUCGAUGGCGUUAUAAUUGCCAGUGGUAGUCUUCCUGGAGGUUCUCUGGCCAACUACAACAUAGGAUGGACCAGCGUUCACGAGAUUGGCCACUGGCUCGGCCUCUGGCAUACCUUUCAGGGUGGUUGCAAGGGAGAUGGUGACUUUGUUGAUGACACCCCCGCCGAAGCUAUCGCGUCCUGGGGCUGUCCUAUCGGCCGUAACACUUGUCCAGACCGUCCUGGUGUUGACCCCAUACACAAUUUCAUGGACUACAGCUUUGAUUCGUGUUACACUGAGUUUACCCCUGGCCAGGCUGUUCGCAUGAACAACAGCUGGCGGAGGUACCGUGCUGGUAAAUGA